CUUUGCAACAAAGAGUACAUUCCAAGUGCGGGUGCAGGUCUUGGCGUGGGCUCGGAAGGCGCUGCAGGCGAAAAGAACAUGCACGAUGCUGAAUUCACGUGUGCUCUAUUCCGCUUCAUUCAACUUACAUGCGAAGGCCACAACUUGGACUGGCAGAACUAUCUACGCACACAAGCAGGUAACACUACCACAGUGAACGUGGUAAUAUGUACUGUGGAUUACUUGCUACGACUGCAAGAAUCAAUAAUGGAUUUCUACUGGCACUAUUCGAGUAAAGAGAUCAUUGAUCCUGCUGGAAAGGCAAACUUUUUCAAAGCGAUUGGGGUAGCAAGUCAAGUAUUCAACACGCUGACGGAAGUGAUUCAAGGCCCGUGUACAUUAAAUCAACAAGCUUUAGCGCACUCCCGUCUUUGGGACGCUGUUGGUGGUUUUCUUUUUCUCUUUUCACACAUGCAAGAAAAGUUAUCAAAGCACUCUAGUCAAGUGGACUUGCUGAAAGAACUGUUAAAUUUGCAGAAGGACAUGAUUACGAUGAUGCUUUCUAUGCUUGAAGGAAACGUUGUUAAUGGUACUAUUGGAAAACAGAUGGUAGAUACACUGGUUGAGUCAGCAGGCAAUGUUGAAUUGAUUUUAAAAUACUUCGAUAUGUUUUUGAAACUGAAGGAUUUGAUUGAGUCUCCAAGCUUUGCGGAAAUCGACCUAAAAAAUGAAGGUUGGGUAACUCCAAAGGACUUCCGAGAUAAAAUGGAGCAGUCGAAGAAUUACACACCGUAA